AAAAAUGCGGUAACACUGUUAGUAUACUUUAUGGGUUUGAGCGAGUACAGUGAGUUGCAGAACAUACACGAAACUUGAUUGGUGCGCGUACUUUCGAAGGUGUUCGUUACAAUGUAAGAUUUUCGUUUUCAUGUUGUUUUUCUCGUUCGCAAUUUUCCUCAUGGUUUGAUGUAUGUGGUCCCAUAUAGAUUUCUGCGUGGGUGUGAUGAAAAAGUGUGGAAUAGUUUCAAAUGUGAUAACACUUUCAAAAAAUAAGGGGAAAAAGUUCUAAUCUCUGAAUCAAUUAGCUUGAGUUGUCGUACACAAGUACAUCGACAUAACUUUAUGAAGAACUUCGUCAUUCUUCGCCCACUUCAACUUGAAUUGAAAAAGUCAAUGGAAGAUGAGCUGUUCUGCUGGCCCCUCAUACACGCCGGACGAUAUAGAAAAAUGGAGUUUAAAUGUAAACGUCGUUCUAGAUAGUCCGCGAGGGAGAAGAAAGUUCAAAGAAUUUUUAUCCGAAUGGGAUCUCGAAGACGAUGAAAAGACUUUGCAGUUCUGGGAAAAGUGUAACGCCCUUCUGCAUGAAGCUCAUCAAAAUAAACAUCUAAAAAAACACGACAAGGCUGCGAAAAUUCAUCACGAUAGAUUUGAAAAAGAAGCGAUAGCUUUGGUUGAGUACGCCGAAGAACAUCUGAAUUUUGAUGUAGCUCAACUACGAGAAUUUAGACAAAUAGUAGAAAAAAAAGACGUGCAGCAAACUUUGAAAGUUAUUUCUAGAGCUCAAAGUACCGCUAGUUACCUACUCAAAAGUAAAUUUGAAUUAUUUCGGAAAAAAAUUCAAAAAGAAUUACCUCCUUUGAACGCGAAAAAAAAGUGAAAACGCAGAAUACUAUUUAAUUUUGUUUGAUAUAUUUUCUAAUUGCGGCGUUGAAGUGGGAAAAAAAUGUGAGAUUAAAUUUUAAAAAUUAUAAUUUUUCACGAGUUUGUCCAAUAUUGUGAUUUGCUGGAAAAAGUUGGGUGUUUCAAUAUCAUGCAUUUUCCCCCAAACCAGAACUUCUGUUACAAAGUUAAUUUCAACAUUUUAUGGGGUUUAUAAAAAUCGAUUUCCACGAUGAAAAUGUACAAUUCGUUGAGAAAAGAUGCGAAAAAGAAAAACGCACGGUGAUAUCCCUAUUUUGCCGUUUACGCUACACCGACAUUCAUUCCUAUACGAGAUUUUCCCCUAUUUUUUAUAAUAGGCAAUCAUCGUAACGUAGCUAGUAUGUUGGUUGUCUACUUCCUUUAGUUAGGGGUAUAAAUAACAUGAAGGCAAAAAGAUGCGAGUUUUAUUUUAGUACUUUUGGUAAUAAAUUUGAUGGAAGAAAAAUGUUAUGAUUUCUAAAACAGAUGUUUAUGAGAGUUAUUUUAUGUAUUGCUUGUUGAUGAACGAACAGUAUGAAAUUAUUGGUGCAUUUAAUUUUUAUAUUUGUAAUGGUGCAGUUUUUUUUGUGUUUUUUUUUUGUUCAAAUAUUUAGCAUAUACUGAAAUUUUUUUGAAUGUUUUCUAUUCAAAAAAUAAAGUUGAUAAAUUCUU